UAUUGCAAAAUGCAUCGUGAAGUUGUACACAAAACAACUUCAGAUGGAACAGUCACAAUGAACUGAACUUUUUUUAGUGGGGCAUGCUGUGGCUUGAAAUAUUCCUUCUAGCAUAGUAAUUAACGCAUAUACAUGGCGGGUGCCCAGAGAAAAAUACCACAGUGGCGCCAUCUAGUGAAAAACUACCGAAACGUACAGCAACAGUAAGAGGUCAAGAGAAUUCGAGGAUACCAAACACGUGAUGGAAAAUACCGUCACGAAAUUAGAACAAAAUAAAAACAGAACAUUUCAAAUGUACACAAUGGCUGAAACUCAGAAAACUGGCCAGAUGAGGCCACGCUGCUGAUUUCCCAUUCCACUGCUGAGCAACACAUGGACAGUCGUUUGUCAACAGUGUCGUGGUGCUACGUGUGACCCUCGUGUUACUAGUAAGGCUCCUUCCCCACAAUGGCAGCGAAUAAAGACGAAUCAGACACGGCCGAGAAUCUUCCCAACGAGGAGGAGUUGGAGAAGGCUUUGUGUGUGCUGGCUGGAAGUGAUCCGGAGAACUGCUCUUAUUCUCGGGGAUAUGUAAAAAGACAGGCAGUGUUUGCCUGCAACACUUGCACUCCAAAUGCUGCAGAGCCUGCUGGGGUUUGUCUGGCUUGUGCCAAUAAAUGCCACGAUGGACAUGAUAUUUUUGAGCUGUACACCAAAAGAAAUUUCCGCUGCGACUGUGGAAACAGCAAGUUUGGGGAAUUCAAGUGUCAGCUCAUUCCUGCCAAAGAUAAGGAGAACGUUAGGAAUCACUACAAUCACAACUUCAAUGGCUGCUACUGCACGUGUGACCGGCCGUACCCGGAUACAGACGAUCAGGCUGACGAUGAGAUGAUCCAGUGUGUCAUCUGUGAGGAUUGGUUUCACAACAGGCACCUGGGCUGCACCACAGUGGACCCUGAGGAGCUGCAAGAGAUGGUAUGUGAGGCCUGCAUGAACAAGGCGCCCGUCUUGUGGACGUAUGCUGCUCACUUUGCAGUUUCACCCGUGAUCCGCGUCAGUCAUCCCGAGGAGGAGGAGGAGGAGGAGGAGGAGGAAGAAGAGGUCAAUGUCGAGGACACAUUGGAAAAGGAAGACGUCUCUGAGCCGAGUCAAAGUGAAUACGAGGAGCCGUCCACCAGUGCUGAGUGCACAAAGCAGGAGGAAGUGGCAAACCGGUCUUCCCCGUGCAAACGCACCCACGAGGAAAUGGCAGGCGGCCCCGCAAAGGCCGCGGCCGAAACUGCGGUCUGCAGGCUGAAGGACCUGCAGGCCAAGGGGCCCGAGAGGCAGAGGCAGGGAGCGGUGUUCUGGCCCUACAGCUGGCGGGCCGAGCUCUGCACCUGCGUAAGUUGCAAGAGGAUCUACGUGACCGCCGAGGUGCAGUUCCUCAUGGAUCAGUCUGACACCAUUCUGGCCUACGAGAACAAAGGCUUGGAGGAGCCGUUCGGGCAGCACCCGUUGAUGGCACUGAUGAGCUCGAUGGACCGCGUGCAGCAGCUGGAGGUUGUCUACGGUGAGCGCGGGGGAAGGUUACACGGAGCUAACGACUUCGAUCACUGCGUUUUUACAACAGUGUGCUGCAGAAGGAAAGACGGUCACAGUGGAAGCUGUACAUCAGUUCUUUGAGGAGCUGCGGGCCAGAAAGAGACGAAGGACCAAUGCAGGAUACCAGUAGUAGAGGAGGCUGGGCUGCCUUCAUGCGGUGCUUUGAAUGAAUGUGUGACUCUAAAGAUGAACCCUUUUCUUUUCCCUUUUAUUCACCAAUGUGAUAUUGUAAAGCUGGCGCGAGGUCUACAGACUUGAUGCUGUGAAUUGUUACAUUGAGUGAAGGAGUGAGAUUCUUUUUGUGGUGAUAGUUUAAUGUCCAAUCUUGAUUUUAUUGCUUUAGAAUAAUGCCUUGACUUGAUAAAAGCUCCAAAAGAAAUUACUUGAAAUAUUUCACCACUGUAUGCUUUGAAUUGUAACAUUGCUGCAAUUAAAUGCACAUGAGAGUAAAUACCAGUGUGUUUAAAUUGUCUCAUGGCAACCAGUUAAGAAAAAACUUGUGAUGUGAACAAAUAUCCCUGUUUUAUAUGGAUUCAUGUUCCAAAUAAAGUUGUCGUUUUGUAGUGCACAAAUCAACAGAACCGAGAUU